AUGUCGUCGUCUUCAUCUUCUUCAUCGAUGGCUAUCCUCCUGGUUCUUGUUUUUGCUUUUGUCUCCAGCCCCUUUACCGCCUUUUCAGACACCACCACCAGCUUCACUCCCAAAGAUAAUAUCCUCAUUGAUUGUGGAGGCAAGUCCUCUUCUGCUCUUCCUGAUGGAAGAACAUUCAAAACAGAUAAGGAAUCCUCUCAAUUCUUGCAAACUAAAGAGGACAUUCAAGUUUCUGUCCAGUCAGCUGAUGUACCUUCACCUAUAUAUUUAACUGCUAGAGUUUUUACAGAAGAAGCGACUUACAAUUUCCGUUUGACAGAAAAUAGAUGGCAUUGGAUACGUCUCCAUUUCUUUGCCAUGUCUGUUAAGGAACAUGACCUGACGAAAGCAUCGUUCUCCGUUGAAACAGGAAAACAUGUUCUCCUUCACAACUUCAAACUCGAAAAUAAUAAUCAAGUUGUCCUGAAGGAGUACUUGCUCAAUGGGACUGACCCUACAUUGUCUCUCAAGUUUAUACCAAUGAAGAAUUCAAUGGCUUUCAUUAAUGCCAUUGAGGUUGUUUCUGCUCCGGAUGACUUGAUCAGUGAUGAAGGCUCCAGUCUUUUCCCAAUUAAUAGUUAUCCUGGUUUGACCAAAUUUUCAUACCAAUAUGUGCACAGGAUUAACAUGGGGGGAGCUUUGAUCACCCCAGAGAAUGACACACUUGGUAGGACUUGGGUGCCUGAUGGUCCAUAUCUUAAGGAUAAAUCCUUGGCUAAAAGUGUCUCUGUUGGUUCUGAUAGCAUCAAAUAUCCAGAAGUAGUCACACCAUUGAUUGCACCAGUAGCAGUGUAUUCUUCUGCUUCGGAGAUGGGUGAGUCAGCCACAAUUCAACCAAAUUUCAAUGUCACAUGGAACUUUGAUGUCGACACAACGUUUAGCUAUCUGCUUCGGAUGCAUUUUUGUGACAUUGUAAGUAAAUCCAUGGAUGAUCUAUAUUUCAAUGUAUACGUUAAUGGGAAAACUGCAAUAUCUGGGUUGGAUUUGUCUACCCUCACAAAGGCUCUGGCCACUCCAUACUAUAAAGAUAUUGUAGUGAAUGCUACACUCAUGUCCGGUGGACUCAGCGUUCAAAUUGGUCCAAUGAAUCAGAAUACUGGUACAAGAAAUGCAAUUCUAAAUGGGUUGGAGGUUAUGAAAAUGAGUAAUUCAGUAAAUAGUUUGGAUGGAGAGUUUGGUGUUGAUGGCAGCAAGGAAGGUUCAUCCAACCGUGGUACAGUAGCUGCAGUUGGAUUUGCAAUGAUGUUUGGAGCAUUUGUUGGACUUGGUGCAAUGGUGAUUAAAUGGCACAAGAGACCCCAAGAUUGGCAAAGGAGAAAUAGCUUUUCUUCUUGGUUGCUUCCUCUGCAUACUGGUGACACAAGCUUCAUGACUAGCAAGACCGGCUCUCACAAGAAUGGCUUUAACUCAGCUUUAGGCCUAGGCAGGUACUUCUCUUUGGCAGAGUUGCAAGAAGCAACAAAAAACUUUGACAAUAGUGCCGUAAUCGGUGUUGGUGGAUUUGGCAAUGUGUAUCUUGGUGAGAUUGAUGAUGGAACCAAAGUCGCUGUCAAGAGAGGGAACCCACAAUCCGAACAAGGUAUCACAGAGUUUGAAACAGAAAUCCAAAUGUUAUCUAAGCUUAGGCAUAGGCAUUUGGUGUCACUUAUUGGCUACUGUGAUGAGAAUUCAGAAAUGAUCCUGGUUUAUGAGUACAUGUCCAAUGGACCAUUUAGGGAUCACUUGUAUGGAAAAAAUCUGCCACCAUUGUCAUGGAAGCAAAGGCUGGAGAUAUCUAUUGGUGCUGCUCGCGGACUUCACUAUCUUCACACUGGAACUGCACAAGGUAUCAUUCACCGCGAUGUUAAGACCACAAACAUUUUGCUUGAUGAAGCAUUUGUUGCCAAGGUAGCAGAUUUUGGACUUUCCAAAGAUACACCAAUGGGACAGGGUCAUGUAAGUACAGCUGUGAAGGGAAGUUUCGGGUAUCUGGACCCAGAGUACUUCAGGCGGCAGCAAUUGACAGACAAAUCAGAUGUGUACUCAUUUGGUGUGGUUCUGUUUGAGGUACUGUGCGCCAGGCCUGCAAUUAACCCACAACUGCCAAGAGAACAAGUUAAUUUGGCUGAAUGGGCAAUGCAAUGGAAGAGAAAAGGUCUGCUUGAAAAGGUCAUGGACCCUCAUCUGGCAGGUACUAUCAAUCCUGAAUCAAUGAAGAAGUUUGCUGAGGCUGCAGAGAAGUGUUUGGCCGAGCAUGGUGUGGACAGGCCUACAAUGGAGAUGUAUUGUGGAACUUAG